CAUUCAGGACGAGAAGCGCCGAAUGGAAGCCCAGUUGAGUCAACUGCAAGAGGAGCUCGAGGAAGAACAGAGCAAUUCUGAAAUACUGAUGGAUAAGACUCGCAAACUUCAGACCCAAAUCGAGACGCUGACCAACGAAUGCGCGGCCGAAAAGUCGAAUUCACAGAAAUUGGAGAAUUCACGGCUUGUUAUCGAACGCCAAAACAAAGAACUUAAGUCCAAACUACAAGAGUUAGAGACCUCUCAAAGAACUAAAACCAAAGCGACGAUCGCAGCACUUGAGGCCAAAAUCGCUCAAAUGGAGGAAUCGCUGGAACUCGAGACUAAAGAGAAACAAAUGGCUUCCAAAGGAAUGCGUAAAAUGGAUAAGAAGGUGAAGGACGCCCUCAUGCAAGUGGACGACGAGCGCAGACACGCCGACCAGUAUAAGGAACAGGUGGAGAAAGUGAACAAUAGGAUCAAAGCACUUAAGAGACAGUUGGAUGAGGCGGAGGAGGAGUGUUCCCGAGAGAAAGGCAUUCGUCGGAAAGUGCAGCGAGAACUCGAAGACACACUUGAGGCCAAUGAGGCGCUCACCCGAGAGAUCGGAAAUCUGAAGAAUAAAAUCACGUUCGGGUGGAUC